AUGGACCACGACGACAGGAGCGACCUAUCCUUCGUACCACCAUCUUCACGUUCCGGAAGCCGAACACCGCGAAGGAUCAGAAAACAACCUCCACAAGAUACCGUGAAGCAAUUCUGGGACCAAUUCAGCACCAAGUUCCCAGGAAAGGUCUACACCGUUCUUCCUGAUAAUUCGUAUGCACGCAGCAAAGCCGCGCGGAUACCCAAAGGCGCCAUUCAGGGCCAGAAUGCGGCAAAGCCGUACGACCAAGCCAGGAGCGAGUGUGAGCGGGCUGUUAAUCGGAUUGUGCGGGAGUGCGAACGCUUGAAUCAGAGGUAUACGGAUCCGCACUUUGAUAUCGAGGUUGAUUUGAAAUCAGGGCGGAGGGACUACUUGGAUGGGCUGGAUGUGUGUAAUUUGGAGAUGCAGCCGAAAGGCGUCAAGAGGGUUACUGUAAGCGAUCUCAAGGCCGCAAGAUGA